AUGGGUUUACCAGCUCAGUCAGUGUCGGAUAGAAUGAAACUUCCUGCUCCACCACUAUUAGCACCUCCAGCUUCUGUUCCACCUUCUUAUGCUAAUUUUAUACCACCUGCUCCAUUACCAAGUUCAAUGUCUCCAGCCUCAACUGGAAGUCCGGCUUUUGUACCUCCAUUACCAGGUGCACCUGCUGUGCCCUCGUUUUCUUCAAACGUAGGUUCAUUCCCUAGUGCUUUCCCUUUGCGCCCCAAUCAGAAUGUCGCUGCUUCAAAUGGUGGUGUUUACCCUACCAGUACGAGAGUUUCUCAACCUUAUGGAGAACGUUUUCCUCCGCCCAGUUCAUUUGCGCUGAACGAACAAAGGGGAACAGCUGCCCCUGUCCCUCGAAAUCUGUUAGGUGAAAAUUAUUUGAAGGAACAGUCACUCUCUGAAGUUCCUCAUUCUUCGUCUUCUCAUCCCGUGAUUGAUGCUUCCGCAGCAUCACUCCCUCAGCCACCGAGUAAUUCAAAGCCGAGCGGAUUUCCAUCAAUGCCUAAUGGAUGUUCUAACAAUCAGAGUAAUUUUCCUCCGCUUCCUCAGCCAAAUCAAUUGCAUCAAAGUGCAUAUCCAACAUAUCGGUAUGGCAGUCCAGGUAAUUAUCCCUCGCAAGUGGCUGGACUGCAACAGGAUUUUCAACAAAUGGGGUUUGGUAGCCAUCAGCAACCUCCAUUUAUUGACCUAAUGCAGGACAGAGAGUUGUUCAGAUUUGGCACUGAUGAACAAGAAGUUGAGCUGCCGCACACAGUGUGCAGUCCGAAUGUACGUUGCAAUCCUAGCAUAUUUCGCUGUACUCUAAAGCAAAUUCCUCAAAAUGAAGAACUCUUGAAUAAAUCUCGUCUUCCUUUUGGAUUGACACUACAUCCUUUCAGAGAUAUAAAGAAUUUGAGCGUAAUUCAAACAUCGACAAUCGUUCGCUGCCGGUACUGCAGGACUUACAUUAAUCCAUAUGUCUACUUGAUAGAUAACAGGCACUGGAAGUGCAACUUGUGUUUCAGAUCGAAUGACCUGCCAGAUGAUUUCAACUGGGAUCCGACGUCAGGGACUUUUGCUGAACCUACACGUCGGCCAGAAAUCAGAAAUGCUACAGUAGAAUUUAUAGCGCCUCCUGAAUACAUGUUACGUCCUCCGCAGCCAGCUGUCUACGUGUUCAUUAUUGACUUGACCAAUCUAUCCACUUCUUCCAAUUUCAAGGGAAAUCUGUUCCAAGGCAAUCCAUUUUUGCCAGUAAAUGAUGGUCUUCUUGUUAACCUGAAGAAGAAUAUUGAGACUAUCCGUUCUUUCGUACAAAGCUUACCGUCACUGUAUGAAUCUGGAAGGUCUGGACAUAAUUGCCUUGGUGCUGCACUGAACAUAGCUCAUGCGUUGAUUGAAAAUAUCGGAGGAAGGAUCACUGUUUUACAAACGGUUUUGCCAAAUAUUGGCCCUGGAUCGCUAAUCAGUCGUGAAGACCCCAAUAAAAGAGCUUCCAGCGAUAUCCAGUGUCUUAUACCAGCAACUGAUUUUUACAAACGGUUGGCACUAGAGUGUACUGGGCACCAGAUAGCUAUUGAUCUGUUUUUGUUAAGUACACAGUACUCAGAUCUUUCUACUUUAGCUGAUAUGGCGAAAUUUAGCAGCGGUUGUGUGUACCAUUAUCCUAACUAUCAUAUGAAUCGUAACUUGCUUCAAGUGAAGCGGUUUCAAAAGCACCUAAGUAGGUAUCUGACGAGAAAGAUCGGUUUUGAAGCAGUUCUACGUAUCCGUUGCACAAGAGGGCUGACUUUACAUACUUUUUAUGGGAACUUCUUUGUCCGAUCGACAGAUUUACUGGCUAUGGCGAAUGUAAACCCUGAUUCUGCCUUUGCCGUUCAAGUCCAGAUGGAAGAGGAUUUGAAUGGGCUUAACAGUGUUUGCUUCCAAGCCGCACUGCUUUACACAUCUUCCAAAGGUGAUCGACGUAUUAGGAUACACACCUUGUGCCUUCCUGUGACGAAAGACCUUACGACGGUUUUUAAGUAUUUUGAUCUGAAGUGUUCCAUCUCACUGUUAUCAAAAAUGGCAUCAGAACGUUUGUUGAGCGGUAGAAGUUUGGAGGAUUCUCGUGAAGCUAUGGCAAAUGCGGUAGUUGAUGCAUUUGCUUCUUUCAACAACGCGGUUGCUCGGCAAGGGAGCGUCAGUAACUUGUUUUCGCCUACGACUAUGAUGAGACUGUUUCCUUUAGCUAUUUUGGGGAUGCUCAAGCAUAGUUGUUUUUCAUCUGGCCGUUCUACUAAAUUGGAUAGUCGUGCAGCAGAUUUGCUCCUGUUUAGGACGGCUCCUUUGGAAGUCAUUGAGUUGGAAAUUCUUCCCGCCUUAUAUCUUUUAAAUGAUUUUUGUGAGGUUGAGGAGAAACCGCAACGACUUCGUUUAAGUUAUGAGUGUGUUAGUUCAGAGGGAGUCUUUCUAAUGGAUAUUGGUUCGUAUGUAUAUAUAUACGUGGGUUCCAAGAAAACAUUUGACGUUCUGGAUAACACUCUUAGUAAACGGGUGCACAAUUUCUUGCGUUCUCUUCAGUGUUAUAGAUCCGUGUUCGCGCCAGUCGUUUUAAUAAGGGAUGAUAGUCACUUGAGAGAGUUAUUUACUAGUCGGUUAAAUGAAGACCGGACAGAAAGUUCAUACAGCUAUGUUGAGUUCUUAAGGCAUGUGCGUCAAGAAGUGCGGCGCUAG